UACACUCACUCCUCCUGGGACACCUCAGUUAAAUGGAGUGUCUGAGAGGAGAAAUCGGACUUUGCUAGACAUGGUCCGGAGCAUGAUUAGUCUGACAACAUUGCCAGAAUCAUUUUGGGGAUAUGCAUUGAAAACAGCAGCACACACACUCAACAGAGUUCCAUCUAAAGUUGUCAAGAGCACACCAUACGAACUAUGGCGUGGGAGAAAACCGAGUUUCUCGUACUUUAAGAUUUGGGGUUGUGAAGCUUAUGUAAAACAUCUCAUGACGUCUAGUAAGUUGGAGCCUAAAUCUGAUAAAGUAAUUUUUGUGGGAUACCCCAAGGAAACUAGAGGGUAUGAAUUCUAUCAUCCAUCCGAUAACAAAAUUCUUGUUGCUCGGAAUGGAACCUUCCUUGAGAAGGAGUUUCUUUCUGCUAUCACUAGUGGGAGAAAGGUAGACCUCGAAGAAAUUCGAGAACCACAAGAAGAAGUCCCAAUAGUGUUGGAACAUGAGCAAAGAGAUCAAGCAAUUGAACCUCAAACUGCUCAAGAUAUACCACGUAGGUCAGACCGGAUACGUAAUCCUCCGGUUAGAUAUGGAUUUCUCAUGUCUGAUGAAGGUGACGUCUUGUUGGUAGAUCAAGGCGAACCAGAGACCUACCUCGAGGCAAUUACAUGCCCCGAAUCCGAUCUAUGGCUCGAAGCCAUGAAAUCUGAAAUGGAGUCUAUGUACACAAACCAAGUCUGGACCUUGGUUGAUGCGCCCGAAGGGGUAAAUCCCAUUGGAUGCAAGUGGGUCUUCAAAAAGAAGACAGACGUAGACGGGAAGGCAGCUAAAGAAGCUGUUUGGAUCAAGAAGUUCAUUACUGAACUUGGAGUGGUUCCUAGUAUUAAUGACCCUAUCUCGUUGUUUUGCGACAACACUGGGGCCAUUGCACAGGCAAAGGAACCGCGAUCUCACCAGAAAACCAAACACAUUGUACGACGCUAUCACAUCAUACGAGAAAUCGUAGAUAGAGGAGAUGUGAUGAUUUGCAAAGUAGAUACUUGCGACAACAUAGCCGAUCCCCUGACCAAGCCUUUAGGAAAGCUAAAGCAUGAGGGUCACACUAGGUCCAUGGGCAUUCGACUCAUGCCAGAUUGGCCAUAGUGCAAGUGGGAGAUUGUUGGAGUUGUGCCCUGAUGGCCAACUGUUUAUCGUUAUUCUAUCAUGUAUAGGCAGAUAUAAUAUGUUUACACAUCUCAUGCUAAUGUAAACAAAUAUUAUAUUCCUAGAUUUAUAUUUAAAAGAUGUUUAUCAAAUAGUGUUCUUCUGCUGAUGAGACUAACAUCUUGAAAUAAAUAUUUAUCUAAAUGUCCAUAGUCGAGUAUUAACGAGAGUGGGAUAUUGUUAAUGCAUGUGAGACUAGUGUGUGUUGGAUGUUUGACUUAGUCUCAUAGUCAAUGACGGUGUGUUUGCAUCCGCACAUGGGCAGAUAUUAUCUAGAGAUAAUAGGAUGCCGGACUGACCCAUCCUAAAGAUGUUGCUUGAACUUUUAGUUCAUGCUCUAAGCAUCUUUAGCGCGACCACGGGUGUAACUAU